AUGCAAAACACGACCAGCGACUUGACCAAACCUGUGCUUCUCUUCCUACUUUGUGAUCCCUCCGAUCGGGUGGCGAUCGUCAAACGACACAUCGGCGACCUACUGCGGUUCGUGCGCAAUGAUCGACCCGACCCAACCCUGUAUACCCUCCUGCGAGAUGCAGUGGAUGACCUUCAGGCCCGCUACUCUCAGGAUGUCAGCGACGCGGCGGUUGUUUAUCGCUUGGAGCACCCGCACGGUCUACCGGCCGGGCAUGACCUGCCUACGCCUUGUAUAUCAGAGUCAGGGUACGGGCCCCUUGAAGAGGUGGAGGACUUGGCCAGCCAGGCUGGCUAUCCUGUUCAUCAAUUGCAGGACUUGUUCUUAGCCGUGAACCCCGAACUCCCACCCCGCGAUCCCAACGAACCAAAUACACCGCCCACAAGCGAGGCCGAGACCGGGGACGCGCCGGGUGAUGGAGGCGCGCCGCCAGGCUCGGAUGCGGAGGGAGCCAUACAGAACUUCUGCCGGGUUGUUAUACGCAGCUCCCCGUAUCGCCGCCUGCCGUCCCCUAGUGAGUCGCAGCAGGAGAACGAGUAUGUGACAGCCGAUGGAGCCGGGGAGAUUUUUCUGGCCCAUCGCCCGCUGUUUAUCCUAAUGUGGGAGAGCAGCAUUCGUGCCAUGUGCGCCCCGGCGGCCGGACGGGCCGGUGCCCUGCUGAGUAAGCCUCCUGCGGCAUUGGCCGACAUCUCACGUCAUCGACAAGAUUGCGUCUUGCUCCUCCUCCGAAACAUCAUGGAUAAUCAGGACGGGCUGGUCGACCGGUUCCGUGUCGCAUUGCAGACUAACAACAGCGCGGCUCUGCGCACGUUCUUCGAUCAGCAACGCAAUCUUUUCGAGUACGCCAUAGCGGGGGGUUUGGGUCCGACCUGCAGCUCUAUGGCGUUGUCGGCCGUCAUGCCGUUCUUGGAGGCGGAUCGUGCUGCUGACAGGGCAUCUACGGCGACAGAGCCGCCCGAGCCUGCGGCCCCAGUGACUCAUGUGGUUUCCUCCAGUGUGCACGAUGCUAGCCGCCCGCUUGCCGUGCCUCCUUCAAUCAUGCUCUCGGAGGCCAGCUCGCCUCCGCAAGUGCCCUUCGAUGAUGUGCCUCCCUCCCCUCCGGCCAUUCUAAACAAUCCAUCGUCUGCGGCCGGCGACGACCGCUCUAUGUCGCGAGAGGAUGCGCGCGCGGCUCAUGACUUCCCGAGCUCGACAGACGAUGGUCUGCCCGCUCCGCCCCCCGCAUCGGCUGCCACGAUGUCUGGUCCAGGAGCCUCGAGCGGCGUCAACGCCAUCAAAAGGCAGGAAAGCGUCCCACGAGACACGCAAGCAGAGGACCCGCGCGAUCUCCUCCUGUCAGCGCCGUUGAUCCCGCACAGUCCAACAGAGAUGCGCCGAGCUUCCGACGGUGUCAGCAUGGCACUUCAACCUCCGGUCGAAUCCGAUGUGGCGAUCCACAUGCAGGAUUCGGACGUGGUAGCGUUGCUGGAGGCGAUGAAGCGCCUUUCAUUCCAGGCGUCCGAAUUUAGUCAUCGGGCUUCCCUGAUACCAGUCCUGGCCGACACCGCCCGCGAGCUGGUGCGCCGCAUAGACCACAGUAUGCGCCCUCCUGAAGUAGGAAGCAGUGUAGGACCCGACACAUUCGGCGUGGAUAUCAGGGAGGCAGACUAG